AUGCAGGCGUAUCAACAAACACCCCCGCAAACUACUCAAACUUCAUCCUCGCAACAGCCAUUACCACUACCACAGUCUUUUAUAAAUACGGCAGCGGCGACGGGGGCGGGAGGAAGUCUCCAUGAUCUAUGUAAUCAAGUUGGUUGCCAUCGACCGAAAUUUGUAGACUCUAACGGGCAAAUUUAUUUAUUUUGUGGUCAAUCUAAUUGUCUUUCUAUACCGUCAUCAUCAAUAGCAUCAUCACAAAAUAUCUUGAUAAAUAACAGUAAUAAUAAUCUUAUUCAACAAUUGUCACCAUAUCAAAUAUCACAACAACAAACUGCUGCGAAUAAUAUAAAUAAUAUAACAUCACAAAUACAAGUACGGCAAUCAAGUCCAUCAUCAACUCGUGCUGCCGCUGUUUCCCCUUGUGUUGUUCCUCAUCAAAACCGAGAAUCAACCUCGACAACAUUUCCGAAUCAAUUGAGACAAGAUUCUGCAUCUUUAGGGGGAGGCGGCGGGGGAGGACCGAUUCGGGUCGAUACUAAGAAAUUGAGGGAACAACAUGCAAUUGCAUUAAAACAAGCUGCUAAUAAUAGUUCCAAUGUUGGUAAUCCACUACCACCAUUAUUAUUUCCGUUUAAUUCGCUAUUAACACAACAACCACAGCAACAACUGACUCCCGCGCAGCAACAAGCCUUAAGAAAUCAUAUGUUAACAAUGCAAAUACUGCAACAACCUGUAUGCAUGAAUCAUAAACCAUCAUCAUCAACCAACAACACCAGCACAUAUAAUCCAUUAAAAACACCUCCAAUACCGUCAAUAAAUGCUAGUGAUCGAAAACGGUGUGCUCUUUCCACAUGUCAUAACCUUGCAUACAUUGAUCCUCAAGACCCAAAAAAAUACAAAGCUUACUGUUCAGCAAGAUGUUACUGGGGUCAAGUAUCAAAACAGACUCAGACAUUACCAACCUUGCUCGAAUCCCACGAUCUGGACUACAUGGCAAUCCAUGAGAAAUUCAUUGCUGAUCUACCUCGAACACAAGUCCUUGCAAUUAUUCGCCUGCAAAUGUCACGCGAGAUCUCUCGAAAUUUCUUCGAAUAUCGAAAGAAUCUCGCAAUAACAAAUAAAGUGAAGCCCGAAGCAUUGACGCAUCGCAUGUUUCAUGGGACAAAGACUGGUUGUGAUCCGACGGAAAUGCUGUGCUAUAAUCGAUUUUGCGAGAAAUCGUGUGGUAUGUGUGGAAUUGUCAGGGAAGGGAAUCGGAAGGAAUUUUCUAGAUAUGCUGGCAAAAUGUGGUUUGCUGCCAAUUCUUCGAUAUCUUUGAGUUAUUGCGGCUGUAAUAGUGUAAAGGCAAUGUUCGUUAUAGAUGUUGUUCAUGCUGACUGCGGAUCUAUUAUUAUCGUUGAUCGAGAUGAAGCAACUCUUCCGCGAUAUCUAAUCAUAUUCCGAACAAAUUAA